AUGUGCUACGGCCGGGAGCGGCUGCCUUCGAAAGAAGAUAUCGCCGGAGCCCCGCGUGCGCCGCGGGACAACGAGGACUCCGUAGAGAAUCUGAUGGACAGGCUGGCCGAGACGGAGGCGCGGCUUGAGCGAGCAAGGGCGAGGGAAGCCGAGUUGAGCCGCCGCCUCGACGAGACAAGGAAAUUCGUGUGCGUUAUGAAAAUCCUCGAUUCAUACCUCAGGCGCCAGAACGAAGAACUGCGGGAACGGGUGGCGCGCUAUACUCCCGAUCGCCGCCUUAGCUUUUGGUACCUUCUGAGUAAUUCACAACUUUAUUUUCGUGUUCUGUUGGUGCUAGUCUUUGUUCGCAUAAUGCGACAAUUGCUUUGA